AUGGAAAACGUUACACUUUUCCUAGUUCAUUUCAACGACACCAUCCCUGCCGAUUUCAAGCGUCCCUUAUCAGUAAGGAUAAUAGGAUCCUCCUUCACCUUUUUGGUGGGAUUAGCGAGCAUAAUCGGAAAUCUUGCUGUAAUCUUCGUUUCAUAUUCUGACGAGACUCUUCGGAAUCAAGCCAGCAAUUUCUUCAUUGUUUUUUUGUCGAUCACCGAUGUAACAACGGGAAUCUUCACAAUUAUACCGUCUGCCGUCUCUGUUGCAUUUGAUUAUUGGCCGUUUGGAGGCAUCCUUUGCAGAUUGCAGAAUGGAAUGGGGUACACGUGUUCCUGCAAUUCCAUUUUAAUUAUUGGACUCAUCACCCUAGACCGUACAAUUGCAGUGCUAAAUCCACUGAAGCAUCACAGAAUAAUGAAUGCUUCUAGAGUAUUGUCCUUGUGUUUGUCUCUAGCGGUAUUUUCUGUUCUGUCAUUGAUAGUAGCAUUUUGUACGGAUUGGACCCAGUAUAACUACGCAGAAGCACAAUGUGGAUUUGACUGGCGCAUUUACGAAGUUAGGAUUUUUGCAGUACCAGGAACGGUCCUUUGUUUCUGCAUUCCGGCAGUGCUCUUGGGUAUCUGCAACGCUUUAAUUAUAUCAACAGCCAUGAAAUGGAACAAAAAGAAACAAUUUUUAAGGCACGUGAAUGCCGAAGAUCCAGAGAAGAAGGCCAAUGAUGACAAAAUGAAAAAAACGAUUGUAACUGCUUUCGUUCUUGUUGGUACAUUCUACCUUUGUGUAACGCCUUUCGUAACAUCAAAGAAUGUGCACUUGCUAUUUGGCUUAGAUCCUCAUCCAUUGAUAAAUUAUCUAUUUUCGGUGCUUGUAUACGUUUCGUCUGCAGUAAAUCCGUUUAUUUAUGCUAUCCUCAGAAAAGAUUUUACCAAUGCCUUCAAGAAAAUUCCUCGUCAGUUGUCCGAAAAAUUUUCUGGGUUGAAUGAAAUUGUGGAAUUUCAGUAA